UGCAAAAAUCGACAGUAAAAAUUUCCCCACUUACGUUACCCUCUUUGGCAAAUUCACAAUACAAUGGAAAACUGUAUAUUUGCAUGCACUAUCAGUUCUAAAUGUUUAGUGCUUGAACAUUGUCGAGAAGCGUUGUGUUAAGUACAAAUUUCUGUGACAAUGGCAAAGAAAUACUAGAGAAGAUAAACUCAAUCGACUUCGUACGGUUAAAUUGUUUUGUUUUGUUUUUUGUUUUUUUGGUAAUUCUAAAUCAAGUGAAAAGUUUAAUCAAUUAUGAAUCGGGUCGCUUGGAGUAAUGUUUUAUUCGAUGAAGCGGACGAAAAGUUGAUUUUUGUGGAUCAAGAAUUAACGACACUACCAGAUGCAGUUGUUAAUUUAUAUCACAGUCGUGUUCGUAAAAUGGACCUGAGCUUCAAUCAAUUAACUUCAUUGGACGGAGUCGAAUUUUUUUCCCGAUUGGAUGAGUUAAUUCUUGAUAAUAAUCAACUCGGUGAUAACAUUCGAAUACCGAAAACAAAGUCGAUAACAACGCUAUCGUUAAACAAUAAUAAGAUCACAAAUUUGAAUAUUCUUUUGAUCAAAUUAUCAACAUUUUUGCCGAACAUUGCGUAUUUAAGUCUGUUGGGGAAUCCUGCUUGUCCUAACGAAUUUUUUGCUACCAAAAGUGACUAUCAAAAUUACAGAUACUUCGUCGUUAGUGCUCUGCCGAAUCUAAAGUUCUUAGAUUCGUCGAAAGUGUCGUCUUUCGAACGCCAAAAUGCCGAUGAAUUGUCAACAAUCGAAGAAAAUCCAUUCCUCAAAUUUUUCGAUCCGAAAAAUAUUUUCAAAAAUUUUACAAAAUCGAGAAAUGUUCUCUACAGUCCGUUACCGGACAGUUUUCGAGCGGCUGGUGAACAUAGAGGAGUUUAUAAAAAAUGUCGCUGCGAAUAUGUUGGCGAUCAAUCUGAGGGAAAUCGAUUUAUAUCGAACAAAGAUUUAUAAGGUGUACGGAAUUACGUUCGUUCAAAACAUGAUCCUUGAUAAGGAUUCCUUGGUACAAUGUGUGUUCACAAAAUUAUACAAAUAUUGAAGAAAAUAAAAUUUAUUUUAGUUGA